AUGAUACGAAAGUUUCACUACGUUCACUUGCCAAGCAAGACCUAUGUAAUUCCUUGUUUUCAAGCCUUUAGUAAGCGUGCUAUUAUUAUCAGCAACAACUCUAGUACAUUUUCAAGUUGCCAGAAUCCGUCUGCUGCCCUUUCCGCCUCGUCUCUGUAUCGUCGUCACAAUACCGUAUUGGUCACACAAAUGCGACAUGUUGUCCUCAAGCGCCGGCAUCCAAUCGUUCGAUGUUACUGUUCUAGGGAAGUUGCCGAUUUUGAACUGAAAGUGACGACGGUCGAAAGUUGCGGCGACGUGUUCGAUGUCUCCUACGUUGAUAUCGGGAAACGGGAUGCCCCUAUUAUCGUCUGUCUCCAUGGAUCCCCGGCGUCGCAUAAAGACUUUGCUCUCAUAACGCCAUACCUUUUGGCGGCCAAUGCAAGAGUUAUUUUACCAAAUUUUCCGGGAUAUGGAUAUUGCAAGACUGUGAGAGGAGAUUCAUAUUAUUUCACAUCAGAACAUAAAGCCGAAUUUAUCAAGGACUUUUUGCAAACUAUAAAUGUAAACAGGGUCACAGUACUGGUUUGUCACAGUGCUUCUGGUACUGCUGCAAGUCAGCUAUGUGCGCAUUCAAAUAUAACUGACUCAGUAGUGUUCAUGUCUGGUAUAGGAAUAUGGCCACACAGGGCAGUUAGGUCAUUGAGACUCAUGAAAACAGUGUCUGCUUUAAUGAAUGCUGCUAUCAUUGGUGAUGCGAUGCAAAAAGUCAUACCAUGGAUGUCUAUAAAGAUGAGUGGAUUUCGUGUCAGUAAGCCAUCUUAUAUGAUCGCACUCAUUCAUGAAAUGGCUAGAGUGGAUUGGUUAAAGAGUAGGCAAAAUCUUGAAAUCCUGGGGGGCAAGUCAUUACCGAUCAUGAUCAUAGGUGUAGAAGACGAUCCAAUUGUUCAAUCUGCCAUUGCUCGAGAAGGAAUGAGAAUUGUUAAAGUAGACAAAGAUGACGAUGUGUUACAUUUUGAUCAGUAUGGUAACUGUGUGAAUGAAAAUAAAGAAGACCAUCGAAAAAAGCCCAGACGUGGUAUAAUCUUUGAAAAGGGUGGGCAUUGGAUUCAGAACUCAUACCCUGAACUUAUAUCAGAUGCAAUACUUGAUUUAAUGCAGUUGGUUGCACAUAAUUCAAGAUGACCAUUUUCAUCUUUGUUUAUCCAUUUCAUUUAUUAAUUGAGGGUCAUUCAACCAAAUGCAUGUAUUUCGGUGUGUAUAGUGGAAUCACAGUCAGUUAGUGUACAAGUGAUAACAAAAUAAAUGCGAUCAAUUUACCAAUAUUUAGGCUUGAAAUUAAAUAAAGAGACAAGUUGAGAAACACUUUCUUGAAACCGGAAUCAUCAUUCAACUCAGAG